GAUGGAUGCACACAGGGAGGCUGCAGGAACUCCCGCCCCCGCCCACUUGCUCUUGCUCCUGCUUGGAUUGUCACGGGAGAUCCCAAACAAACCGUCCGCGGCUGCCGUCGCCAUCGCCAUGGCAAGGAGGCUGCCGUGCGUCUGUUUGCUCGCCUUUGUCAUUUUCAAAGUGGUGUCAGGCUUAAAGAUCCAGAAUAAGCUGCUUGGAAAAUGUCUGCAGGCCCAAGAGGGAAGUUUUGGAGGUCGAGUGUCUCUGGCUGAUUGCAGCCAAUACUCAGCCUUACAGGAAUGGCGUUGGCUCCCAGAGAGCCAGGCUCUCAGCAGUCACCACACUGGGGAGUGUCUGACUGCACCAGGAGAGCAGUAUGAAGGUGUCAGCCUGCAGCCCUGCAUCUUUCAGGCUGAAAGUGACAAGACUGGUGCCGGAGUGGCAGCGGUCGAUGCGGGCAGAGAGGCAAGCAGCCAGACAUGGUCCUGCUCCAAGAAAGGACACCUCACUUUGAUAGGGAAAGGGCUGCACCUCAGUGCCACACUAGAAUCCACAUUGGUCUUCCUGUCAAGGGAACAUAAGCAGCAGGGCAGCAGGUGGCGCGCACUUGACAACCAGACAUUGUGCAGUGGAAGAGACAACAGACAUAACAAACACCAACCUCUCCACCAUCUGGGGAAAUCGUUGGAACCUGGGAUUUCUCCGAGCGCCAUCUCUGAUGGACACAGAGAGGAUGAACCAUUUGAAAAUAUAAAAGGCUCUGAUGUCACAGAUCCGUAUCUUGCAACGGAUGAGACUCCUCCAUCUCUGAGCACCAAAUCCCCUGCAGACCCCACCAUGAUUUUCUACAGUAUGGACUAUGGGAUGGGCUGGAAGAUAACCAUGCUGGUGCUGAGCUCUUUGGCUCUGGUCCUGGGGACUGUGAUCCUGAUCCUGAAUGUUUACUCGAACAGAAGGAAGAAAGUCGUGUGUGUUCUGAAGUCAUACACUCCGAGGCCAGAGGGGAGUAUUCCCGGGUCCCCGGUGCCCAGUGAACGAGCCCCGCUGACAGAGCACGCCAUGCGCUUCCCCCACUCCUCCCCCACUUUACAACGAGGAGAAAUCCUGAUUGAGUGGAAGGACGGCACUGUCACUCCACUGUACGAGGCCUGAAGGUUGCACUGUUUCUGUAGGUUUCUGUGGGCAUGUAUGGCUUGUUGUGCAAUGAGUCUGUUGUGAAGAGAAAAAACAAGUUGUUUCCAACUACUUCAAUCAAAGUGUUACCAAGAAAACCUGACGGUGCAUUCUCAACGCUUUCAUAUAGUUAAAAUGGCUCAGCGUUAGGCAAUACAGUUAAACUCACCUUCUACAGGUAGACAAAAGCUGUUGUGACGCUGCCACAAUAGGAAAAAUGAGUGUGAGCUGGAUUAUUAGUUUUCAGAAGAGUCCUGACAUCUGUGUUGGAGAUUUGAGGGAUUGCUUUCUGGAUGAAAGGACUGUAAACUGAAUGUUUAAGUACCAUUUCAGUGCUUAACAAAGAAACCAACAGCUUAGGCCUUAAGUGAGAUAAAUACUUAGACACUAAUCUUUGUUUGCCUAAACUGAAACCUCCUCUACCUUGAUGUUGGACACUGUGACACUGCUGUGGAGUCAGCUCAGGUGUCCCUUUUAUACAUUUGCUUGAUUUUAAAGAGGUCAACUUUUGACACUGCUGUCAUUUAAUAUUGUUCCUUAAAACAUGUUAAGACACGCCUCCUGACACCAUUAGUAUUAGCAUCAAUAUACUUUUUUAGGAAAAUAAAUUUGUGUUGCAAGAAACACUGAUGUAUACCUUAAUUCAUUGUUAAUUAGCUUGUACUCGAUAUCAUAACUAUACAGAGUAGUUAAGAUGUUUGGGAUGAAAGUGUUAACCUAGUUUACAUUCAAAUAUUAUUAGUCUGACAGUAUAUUUCAGGACUGUUCUUAUUGUUACACACUUUGCUUUGAUAUUGACACUAGAUAGAAGUGUAUUAACCAAACUGUUAAUUGUGUGCUUAUAACACUGACUUGAGCUCAAGUCUCGACCUCGAACAAGCAAGUUGACCAAACGAUCUCCACUGAAGGUCCACUCACUCACUUUUUCUGGGGCUUUCAAUUAUACUUUUAAGUAAUACCACACAGUCAUUAUCAGCAGAUAAAGGUAGCGUAGCUGACAUGGAAGUUUAGGUGUUUAAAGUUUCCAUUAUUAUGAGCAGUUUAGGAAUUUCUCAUCCUUACUGUGAAGAUCAUGAUGAUACAGUUGACAGAAGCAGCCUUAGAGGAGGUUAGAUGGUCAGCUACCAAUGACUUUAUGUAUUUGUAUGUGGCACCCUGGUAGACCACUGAUUUCUGGUAAAUGUAUUAGUUUUCUAACUAAAAGACUAACGUUUUUUAAAGUGUAAAAUAGCUAAUAAAAUGGGAUGUAUAAAAUUA